UCACAACUGCCCCAUUACCCUUUUCCAACUUUCCGUGAGCUAAGAGAUUCUUAGGAGCCGCUUGUUUUUGUUUCAUCUGAAUACUUCGACUUCGUGAAUAUUAACGUUAAUUAAUUCCAUGUUUACGUUGAAUUCGAAGAGGUCGUUGGUCGUUGGAUGAAUCAUAGGCUGCUCGUUUCAGAAAUACUUGGGCAGGGGGCUAACAUUUCCAGAGAGUUCUCUCUCUCUCUCUCUAUAUAUAUAUAUAUACACUUCAUUCAAUAACGUAUAAACGGGCAUAUUUAGAGAGAGAUAACUAGAGGUGCGUGCAGUGGAAGGCAGUUGUGAUUUUGAUCAUCGGAAAAGUUGAAAUCUUUGGGUUUAUUGGGCAGUGUUUUCCGAUGGGGUCGGCGAGUUUUGCAGUUCAGCGGGAGAUGAAAGUGGUGGCCGGCGCCGCCGGUUACGUUCUUGAAGACGUUCCUCACUUGUCUGAUUACAUUUCUGAUCUUUCUGCAUAUCCAAACCCACUGCAAGAUAAUCCAUCAUACUCUGUUGUUAAGCAGUAUUUUGUAGAUGUGGAUGACACUGUUGCUCAAAAGGUUGUUGUUCAAGAGAAUAGUUCGAGGGGAACGCAUUUCAGGCGUGCAGGUCCUCGCCAAAAGGUUUACUUUGAGUCAGAUGAAGUGCACGCGUGUAUUGUUACAUGUGGAGGCUUAUGCCCUGGUUUAAACACAGUUAUAAGAGAAAUCGUCUGUGGCUUGUACUACAUGUAUGGUGUAAAACGAGUCAUGGGAAUAAACGGAGGGUACAGAGGAUUUUAUUCCAAGAACUUAAUCCCGUUAACACCAAAGUUUGUGAAUAAUAUCCACAAGCGUGGUGGAACCAUACUCGGGACAUCUCAUGGCGGGCAUGUUACCAAGAAGAUAGUAGACUGCAUUCAGGACAGAGGGAUUAAUCAGGUUUAUAUAAUCGGAGGAGAUGGCACACAAAGGGGUGCAGCAGAAAUUUUUGAGGAAGUUAGAAAACGCGGUCUCAAGGUUUCGGUUGCUGGAAUUCCCAAAACAAUUGACAACGAUAUUCCAGUCAUAGACAAGUCCUUUGGGUUUGAUACGGCAGUUGAGGAAGCCCAACGUGCUAUUAGUGCAGCACAUGUUGAAGCAUUAAGUAUUGAAAAUGGCAUUGGUCUUGUAAAGUUAAUGGGACAUUAUAGUGGUUUUAUAGCCAUGUAUGCUACACUAGCGAGCCGAGAUGUUGAUUGCUGCUUGAUUCCAGAGUCCCCGUUUUAUCUCGAGGGACCAGGUGGACUGUUUGAAUAUAUAGAGAAAUCACUGAAAGAACAUGGGCACAUGGUAAUAGUUGUAGCUGAAGGUGCUGGGCAGGACCUAGUUUCUGAGAGUGUCUUAUCUUCUGCUCAGCCGGAUGCUGAAAGCAACAAGCUUCAGCAAGAUAUCGGGUUAUGGAUCUCGCAAAAGAUCAAGGAUCAUUUCUCUAAGCAUGAGAAGAUGUCCAUUAAUCUCAAAUACAUAGAUCCUACAUACAUGAUCUGUGCUGUCCCGAGCAAUGCAUCUGACAACGUUUGCUGCACACUCCUUGCUCAAAGCGCGGUUCAUGGAGCAAUGGCAGGUUACACUGGGUUCGUCACUGGUCCUGUGAAUGGCAGACACGCUUACAUACCCUUCAAUAGAAUCAUUGAGAAACAGAACCGCGUGGUAAUAACAGAUAGAAUGUGGGCGAGGGCUCUGUCCUCAACAAAUCAACCAAGUUUCUUGAAACCGAGGGUUAUCGUAUCCGAUCAAGAGGAAGACCUCCCUGCUCAACUGUUAGAUGGGGAUUUGGUAGAGAAAGAUGUCAAGUGCUGAGUAACAACCAGGCCAGCUUAGUAUGGUUUUUGUGUUGAGUAGUUUAUCAUUGUAAUGGCUGCUUUGCAAUAUGAAAAACUCAAUCUACACACGUGUGUGUGUGUGUAAGAUUAUGCAAAUUGGUAAUAUGUGAUGCUAUAAUCUAAAAAUAAAAAGUCACAUUAUCUUUUUCCUUCAUCA